UAACAUGCAGCUAUAGACCAUUACUGUUUACUGCAGACUGACAUUACCGGUUGUGUGUACUUGUUUGUUUAAUUGAGUGUAACAUUGAAAUAUUAGUAAAGGCGUGUGCAGUACAGCUAGAUUGUUAUUGAAUUUCUAGAGUCCAUCAUGUCCAAACACGUAAUUAUAAUAAACAUGUUGGUUAUGUCAUGCAUUUUGAGGUGUUUUGGUUUGCGUGGCUGCAUGUUGCCAGGAUACAUCCGUCGGUAUGUCUUCUCCUGAAAUAGAGGGUGCAUCCGGUAAGCGUGGUGUAAAGGGAAGGCAACAUCUUUCCGAGAAGGGCCAUGAAUCUCAUUAUGCUGUUCCGCGAACUACAGAAGGACCAAAUAAGGAAGACUAAUGAGAUUCAUGGGGUGUCAUAUUCCCUGAGCCAUAUAAACAGAUGUGUUCUUGGAAAUUCGCCAAUUCCAGCUUAGACUAGACUUAGCGUGAACUACUCUGUCGACGCCCGCUGCAUCAUUUCUCGGAGUUACUCCACAAAGAUACGAAAGUGCCAUCACUUGCUCUAGAAAAUGGCUACUGCACUUGCAGAAACGUAUCAUUCACUAAACAUACCAACUGAUCCUACGAUAGUUGCAACUAAUCUUUGGCUCUCGUCCCCCCCUCCCCCUCCUCCCCAUUCAGAUCCCACGGCACCGUACCUCUCUCACCAACUCUCUCCCAUCUCACCCUACCAGACUGGAUCAACUGAUAAUUUGACAGUGGACAUAAUGAACAGUGCUUCUCCACAUCAUCAUGGCUACAGCGAUACCAGUGGAGAUGGUGCAGUGCAUGGUAUGCAGCUGUAUAGGAGCAAUGGGCACAGUACAGAUUAUACUACUCCUACAGGCUCACUUGGUUGUACAGACAUAAUGACAACACAGCAGUACACAGGAGAGAGAUCCCCUGACUCUGGAAGUGAGUUUCAGCCCAGACAAUCUGUAAUUAUAAGUAAAGUAUACAGUCCUACGUGUCACAGCCCAUCAAGAAAUGACUAUGAUCCUCUACCGCUGGUACCAACCUGUACAGGACUGGUUUCAUCAUGCAGCGACUACCUGGGCAACGAGAUGCUUCAGUACUCAAACGCUGCCACAAUCCACCCACCCCACCCAGCUAUGUCCUACAGUCCAUCGCACUACACAACCACUAGCAUGAACUGUGACAUUCCCUGUCAACCAAUGUACUCACCGCGGCCCCAUCCUUACGUUGACUCCGGUAGUCCCAUUGGACAGGCUCCACAGUUACCAAUGGGAAUGAUGGACCAGACUACAGCUACUUGUACCUCCAUGAACGCUAGCAAUCCAAUCCAGUUCUAUCCAGAGACUCCAUCAGAUUUCUAUAUCGACACAAACGGACCUUCUCCUCCCUGCUUUCCUCCCCCUCCUCCUCCUUUCACUACCGAGGACUUCAUCAGACCUCACCAUCCACCAAAACCCAAUAAACGUCCAAGGAAGCCCAAGCCACCAGCAACAGUUGAUCCAAGUGAGAUUAAGGACAUACCAGCCUCAGCUCAGCUCUGGGAGUUCCUCCUGAAGGUCCUGAAGAAACCCAAAUAUGCCUACAUGGUCAGCUGGGAGAACCAACAAGAUGGGCUCUUUCGCUUCCACGACCCACCUGCAUUUGCUGCCCUCUGGGGCCGACACAGAAACCGACCAUCCAUGACAUAUGAUAAAGUAGCUCGUGCCCUCCGCUAUUAUUACAGAAGAGACAUAUUGGAGCAAGUAGGAGGAAGACUAACAUACAAGUUCAGCCCCAGAUUGUGCAAGCAGUUCUCAGUCUGCAGCAGCAGUAGCGAUAAAACAUCAGCCAUUUCUUCAUCAAGUAAAACGGCUAAAAAAUAACUAACUUCUACACAACACAUUCUAACACCUCUCUCUCUUUCGUUCCUCAAGCUCCUCCUCCUACUCCUCCCACUUCUCUCCUUGCUUCUUUCUAAUAAUGUAUGUACCGGUUUUUAUUACUACACAGAACUUAUAAUUAAUUAUUAAUUAUUAUUAUUAUUAUUAUUAAACAUACCCUCAGUGUCCUACAUGCUUUUUCUUUGGUACAAUUAUAUUAAAGUUGCAAACUAUAAGAAAAUGAA